AUGUAUAAUAACCGAGUACCUUUACAAAAUUACCAAAAAACCAAUGCAGAGUCACUCUUGAAAUUAUCUCAAAAACUUUUUAGUGAUCAAAUAUUUGACCUCUAUUUAACACCUUUCCAACUAAUUCUAUUAGAAUAUCUAUUAUCAAUUGAAAAUGAUUCAAAUAGAUUAAUGACAUGGAAAGAAUUCCUUAACGGUAAUAUUUCUCUAAAUGUCAAGAUGUUCUCUAAUAUACCCAUGACAAACAAUAACAUCAAUAAUAAUGAUAAUAUCAAUGAUAAUAGCCACAAUAACCUUUUUAAUGAUCAAAAUUAUAAUCUUCUCAAUAAUAAUUUAAAAUCUAAUGAAAAGCAAACCCCGAAAAGUUUAAAUGAUCGUGAAAGUUCUUUAUCCGUCGAUAAUACCAAUCCAAAUGAAGAUGACAUGUCGAGGGUAGAUUUAGAGAAUUUUAGACAACAGAUAAAUGGCCAUCAAUUCAUCGGUAAUCUAUCAUUAAAGGUACGAUACGUACUAUGGCAAUGUGUAAUAGAUGUAAACUACGCAAACAAUGAAGAUUUUAUGGGUAAUAUUGAUGAACCAAGCUUAUUAGACUAUGUUCUUCUAGAUACUGAAUUAGAGGACAACGCAAAGAAUGAAUCUGAAUCUCAAGAGAUGCCAUUUUUGAUCACUAAAACAAAUGAAAAUACUGAAACACCUAAACCAAAUGAUGACUAUGAUGAUGAAGAAGACAAUUACGACGAUGAAGACGAAGAAGAUACCACGAAAAAAGAAGUAACUAUUAAUCAACCUGACCCAGUUAAUAAUCAAAGUAGUAUUACACCUGGGGAAUGUAAAUAUGAUGACCAACACAAACUAAUUAUAGAUUUCUCCAUAUCUAGAAAUACCUUACAGAAUCUUCGCAAUAGUGAUUCAAGCAAAAUUAUGGAGAAUUCAAACAAAAUAUAUCAUAGCUUUGAACAUGAUCGCGAAACAAUGUUAAAGAGGCUAAAAUUAGUAGAAAAUGACAAACUUUUAGAAACCUCAAAGAAGAGACGCCGUAGCAAUUCUGGCAGUGAAGAAAACAAUUCUGAUGAUGAUGAGCAUAACAUGGACGAUAAUUUAAAGGAUCAAGAAAAGCCAGCUACUAAAGUCCAAAGUAAUAAAUCUCAGAAAAAUAAUGUAGGCCAUUCAGGAAGUAAGGUAAAUAAAUCUGAUAAUUCAAAAGAAGAAGACAGACCUCAUGAAAACAAGAGGCCUAGAAAGAAUUCAACUCAUGUACCAAAUGUUAGUCUUGGCGCUGCAAAUUUAUCAUUGAGCCAUUUACUUUCAGAAAUUCACGAGAAUAAGCCAAAGCUAAAAAUGUCUGAUUACGAGUUAAGGCAUUUGAUUAUUGAUGUUCGAAAAAAUAGAUCUAAAUGGGCGUCUGAUGAGAAAGUUGGCCAAGAAGAACUUUAUGAAGCAUGUGAAAAGGUCGUUCUAGAAUUAAGAAAUUAUACUGAACAUUCAACGCCAUUCCUAAACAAAGUGAGCAAAAGAGAAGCUCCAAAUUACCAUCAAGUUAUCAAGAAAUCUAUGGACUUAAACACAGUUCUAAAAAAAUUGAAGACAUUUCAAUAUACACGUAAACUGGAGUUUGUUGAUGAUAUAAUGUUAAUAUGGAAAAACUGCUUAACUUACAACUCUGACCCUUCGCAUUACUUACGAGCACAUGCAUUUGCCAUGCAAAAGAAAUCACUUCAAUUAAUACCACUAAUUCCUGAUAUCGUAAUCCGGAAUCGAGCAGAGGUAGAAAAAGAAAUUGAAAGUAUGGAGAAUGAUAAAGAUUAUAAAGAGGAAGAUGAAGUUGCAGGCUCAGGAAGGAAAGGUUUAAAUAUGGGUGCCCAUAAACCAGCGAAUGCUUCCGAAUCUACUGAGUCUAAUAUCAAUAAUACUGAAACUCAAGAGAAAAAUGGUGUUGCUGAAGAUGAAGAACCAGAAAGUAAAGAGACCGAUGCUAACCUUGGUAACGAUGUACGUGAUCAGAAUUCUUUAGAUAAAGAACCAAUUACAACUAAUAGCACAACUAUUGAUACAACCAUCACUGAUGGUGACACUAUUACAAAUACUACUUCUGAUGCCAUUGAUGUAACGUCUAAUAUUAUUACCGCUCCAUCUCAAAAUCAAGAUAAUGAUUUAACGCAAGAGAACGAAAACUUAGAAAAUAAAAAGGAGUCAUCAAACGUAAAUAGGGUUGCUGAAAAUGAAGAAAAUGAAGAAAUCCAAAUGGAAGAAGAUGCAGAGGAGGAAGACAUUGAUGAUGAGUUAGAAGAAACAGCACACUUUAUGGAACGUGAUGAUGAUAAAGAUGAUGUAGAACUUUCAAUAUGGAAAACUCUUACUGCCCCUGUAAGAGCUCGAUUAUGUAUGGAUAGAAGCUCUUAUUUCAAAGAUGGGAAGCUAAAUAAAGAUGCUAAAGCUUUACUAAAAAAUCCAGAUAAAAUGAAGAAUUUUGACCAAUUGCUAAUUGAAUAUAAGGAACAAAAGGAACAAGAAAGAGAAAAUAAAAUACAGGAGAAAGAGUUAGUAAUGAAAAAUGGGUUUGGAACAAUCAUAAAACAAGAAUUUGAAACACAACUUCAAGUUGUUGCAGAUUCUGAGAUUGAUUCUGAGGCUAUUUUAGAUAAGGAACCUCCAGAAUUAGAUAUGGAUGAUAUGACAUUCUUCACUCAAUAUGAAAUAAAUAAUACCAUCCCACCCUUGAAAUAUGACGGUGUAGAAACCACCUCUGUCGACAAAGAUGAAGAUGAACUGGUUAAGCAUAUGUUACAAGAAGAUAACAGCACUACCAUUAAAUUCGGUGGAAAUGAUGAUUCUGGUUUAACUCCUCAGAUGAAUAAAAAUAUAACUCUCAUACAACAAAUAAGACAUAUUUGUCAUAAGAUUUCACUAAUUCGGUUACUGCAAUCACCUCAAUCUAUGCAUUCAAGUAAAACCAAUGCACAACGAUCUGCAUUUUUAGAAUCUCACCAAUUUAAGCCAACUAAUUUUGAAACAAUAUUUGAAUUAGACCCUGUAUCUGCAUUACCUACAAGAGAUAUGAAAUAUAGCAAAGUUCUCAUGAAAAACAUGAUGUAUAAGAAUGUUUCUAAAAUUGCAAUGGCUAAUGGUUUUGAAUCCACACAACCUUCUGCGAUAUCUAUUUUAUCAGACAUGAGUGAAAUUUAUUUAUCAAAUUUAAUUAAGACUAUAAAGGUUCAUCAAGAAAGUGUGUCUUUAAAUCAAAAAAGUACUAGUGAUAUCUUGAAGUUAUCAUUAUUAGAAAAUGGUAUAUUUAGACCAGAUGAAUUAUAUACUUACAUUGAAACAGAAUUCACAAAGAAGACUAAGAGACUAUCAGAUGUCAAAGUAAAGCUAGAAAACUUUUUGCGAGAAUUAUUACGUCCUACCUUGAAAUCUCUUUCAGAACAAAAUUUUGAAGAUGAAAGUCAAAGUUUCAUGACUGGUGAUUUUGCAACAGAGAUAACUGGUGAAGAUUUCUUUGGCUUCAAGGAAUUGGGUCUAGAAAAAGAAUUUGGUGUUUUAAGUUCUGCAGUACCACUGCAGAUGCUAACUUUCAGGCUUCAAUCCAAUACCGUGGAUUCUGCAGAUCAAACUAAAAAAAUUCAGCCAGAAGAAUACCAUAAUAUUGUAUACAGGAAAAUUAUCAAAGAGGAUAUUGACUCAAAACGUUAUUCUUCUAUACUAACACCAUUAUUGGAAAAAGCAAUGGCUCGAUCUGAAGCAUAUUUGAUAAAAAUCAAGAAGAGUCAAACUCUACCUGAAUCAGAGGAGGAUAAAUAUCCAGAAGGUACGAUACUUGAGGAUGAUGAAAUUUUAAUAAAAGGUAAAUCUAAUAAUAGGCCUAAAAUUCCUCCAACAGGUAAGAUCAGUACAAACUAUAAGAAAAAGUUAAUUGCAGAUGCAUUCUUUUUACCUGAAGAGGAAGCUAAGGAAAUAAAGACUGAGGUCUCAUCAAAUCAAAAUGAUAGCCAACCUGAAAAGUCUGAUCAAAAUAUACCGAAAGAUGAAAACCAUGAGGAUUCAUUUUUACAGGAUCCCCUAGAUACACCAACAGGUGUGAACACAGACUUCUUAUUUGGGCAAACUACUUCGCCGGCAACAAGUUCUUUUAGCUUAAGUUUACCUAGGCUAGACCAAUAG